UAUUAGCAGCCGUGUCAGAUGGAUGCUUUGGGCGAGCAUUUUCGCGUAAACUAAUUGAUUUAUUCUAAUUUAAUUAAUGUGAAUCAUUAUGUUGGCGAUGAAAGUGUGAUGUGAGCCAUGCGAAAAAAAUAUUGUGCUAAAAUUAAUAAGAGUGACUUCGAAAUAGGGGUGUAACUUGAAAACUAAAAUGGCUUCAGGAGAUAGUGAUCAUAUUGAAGUGAUGGAUAAUACAGUGCUGAAGAAGUCAGAUGUCGGAACAGGGCAUUCGGGCUCUGAAGAUGAUGAUCGUGAUCGGGCUUCAAUCGCUGAGAAAAAUGCACCGUACGAUCCGGCGGUGGGCCCCUUGGGGGCGAUCAGCAAGGUACAUAAGUCUGAUCGUAAGAUCGGUCACCGGCGUGUCGGGGAAGGCGGCGAGAUUACGUAUAAGAAGAUUCAGUCUUCACAGAUUAUGGGAUCUAUACAACUCGGUAUCCAGCACGCAAUUGGUGGUCUUGCCUCGAAGCCGGAACGAGAUCUUCUCAUGCAGGAUUUCAUGACAGUCGAGACGACAAAUUUCCCGUCCGAAGGAUCGAAUCACACGCCCGCUCAUCAUUACUCCGAGUUCAAGUUCAAAACGUACGCCCCGAUAGCCUUCAGAUACUUCCGAGACCUGUUCGGAAUACAACCAGACGAUUUUCUUAUGUCAAUGUGCAGCGCCCCGUUACGCGAGCUCAGCAAUCCCGGGGCAUCCGGCAGCAUCUUCUAUCUCACAAACGACGACGAGUUUAUCAUUAAAACAGUUCAGCACAAGGAAGGCGAGUUCCUGCAGAAACUUCUGCCCGGUUACUACUUGAAUCUCGAUCAGAACCCCCGCACGUUACUACCAAAGUUCUUCGGUUUAUAUUGUUAUCAGUGCAACAGUAAGAACGUGCGGUUAGUCGCAAUGAACAAUUUGCUGCCUUCGUACGUGAAACUUCAUCAGAAAUACGAUCUCAAAGGUUCGACUUACAAGAGGAAGGCAAGUAAAACAGAAAGACAAAAGAGUUCACCGACCUACAAAGACUUGGAUUUCAUGGAACAUCAUACGGAAGGCAUCUUCUUAGAGGCUGACACAUACACGGCUCUCAUCAAGACUAUGCAGAGGGACUGUCGUGUCUUGGAGAGUUUUAAGAUAAUGGACUAUUCACUCCUAGUCGGCAUCCACAAUCUCGACGAGGCUCAACGCGAGAAGACGGAGGCCCGAAAGAGGACAGACUCUGGCCAGAGUGACGAUGAAAACGAGGGGGAACCUAAGAAGAGUGGACUCAAUAGAACUAGAUUAGAGCAAGCCAAAGAGGAUUUUAAGACGCAAGUCAAACGAACACAAUCUAUAAAUCGUCAGCGAUUAGUCGCGCACUCGACUGCAAUGGAGAGUAUACAAGCUGAAAGCGAACCCAUCGAUGAAGAAGAAGACGUACCUCCGGGCGGUAUUCCGGCGCGGAACGCGCGCGGCGAGCGUCUCCUCCUGUUCCUGGGUAUCAUCGACAUCCUGCAGUCCUACCGGCUCCGGAAGAAGCUGGAACACACCUGGAAGAGCAUGAUACACGAUGGCGACACGGUCUCGGUGCAUCGACCUAAUUUCUACGCGCAACGAUUCUUAGACUUCAUGGCGAGAACAGUGUUCAAGAAGAUACCUUCGUUGGACCUUCCGGAGAUCAAAGGGAACCAUCGCAAGUUCAGAACGCUCGUCACCAGCUACAUAGGUUUGACGUUAAAACAUUCACCGUCGAAGAGGAAAAGCAUCGCGAAGCCGAGCAGACCGCAGGAAGAAAUCGACACAACAGGGGGUAAAGUCAUCGGUCGACCUAUUAAGGACUAUAAUCCGGAUUACCUGAGGCAGGUCCACCUGUCGCCUAGAUCAUCAGUACGAUCUAGCUUGAGCGAUUUCACCGAUACGACUAUAUCAACCUGGAAUCAAAGAAAUCAACUCCCGACAGAAUAUCCCUCUGUACUCUCGGAUCGACAUAAAACGUUAGACAGAGAUAGAUUACCGUUUCAACGACGAAUCGACUUCGACACGUCGAAUUUGAAUCCCAGGGAACCGGGGACGUCCUACGCAGACAAUGUCUACCGAUCAUCCAUUCAGGAUCGUAUGGAAUCAUUGUCUGAUCAAUUGACGAAAGUUUUAAGUACGGGAGCGGGUAGUUCUCAUAUAAACGGUAGCCUCGCGGACAGCGGUAUUCAAACCGACAAUGCGAGCACGAGCGUACCGCAGAUAUACGUCGCCGAUGCCCAAACUUACACCCCAGGCGUCAAAAUAUUGAAAGACGCGGCGGUCGACACACGAAACGAAAAAAAUCUCCAAGACAUACCGUUCAUAGACGACGACGAUGAAGAGAAGUCUUGGAGGAGACGAUCGAAUCUCGAAAAGCAUAAAAGCAUGUCGAAUAUUCCAGAACGAAUCGACGAAGUCAGUUCCAAAGAACAUUCCAAUGAACGCCUUUCCAAUAGCCUCAAUAGAGCCAAAUCCCCCACAUUCGUUGAGAAAUUCAAGAAAUUCUUCAUGGAUAUCGGAUUCGUUAAAUCCGACAGCGCGCCGAACACCCAAGUAUCGAAUACUCUACCGAAGAGUUUAAACUCCAGCUACAGAACGCGGAGCGCUACACCGACCACCAGUGAAACAAGGGAAGCUUCAACAUUGCCGAAAGAUAUGCGUUUCCGUAAAGUAAGAUCGACUCAAACGGUCUACAUAAAACCAGAAUCUCCACUACGAAUACGUAGCAAUGACGAUAUUGUAAGAAAGGAACACGUCUCAGUUGUACAGUUGAAUGGAGACGAACACAUAAAUGAUUCGAAAUCAGAAAGUUUUAUUAAGGAGGUGGUAUUCGUGAAAAGUUUGGAAAACGCUGCAAUAUAUUCCGGUAAAGACAGUGGGAGUACGAUUAUAAUCGUACCACCGGCGGAUUGAGACGAUUUUUAAAUGAAAUUUUGGUCUUUGCGCAUCUUAUAUAGCUUUAUAUAAAUAAAGCUUUGAAUUGGCUGAAUACGAAGAUAUAUUAAAAGACAAUAGUUUAUUUAAAUGUAGAUGUUUAUAUCUUUGGAUUACGAACGCUAAUUUUUUAAUGAAAUAACAACUUCAGACUAUAUUUAUAAUUAUUAUUGUAAAUUUAAAUCGAGAUCUUAUUCGCUGUAAUGGUUCUGUUCGCUGGUAUUCGAGCAGAAUCAGGUAGUUUUAUUUGUAGCGACUCCGAUGUCAAAUUUAACUUUUAUCGCUUUAAUAAAUAGAGUUGAUAUUCAUUUGUAUCGUUUAACGAAUAAGUUUAAAUAAGUCUAUGUCCAGUUGGUAAUAAAAUUGUUAUGAAGUUUUAUGUGAAUAUUAUUUAUUUUUCUUAGCAUUUAAUCGAUAUUUAGAAUUAAAAUUUAUUAGGCUGUUUAAAUAUAAAUUCAAAUUCAAGGUCAGAUUUAUAGUCUUGGGGAUAAACGUCAAUGUUUGAGAGUAACUAAACUGUUGUUGGAUACAAUUAUUAUCAUCACAAAAAAUUAUGUCACAAAUAGUUCUAUAUAGAUAGACAUCAAUUUUAAUAAUAAUUCUGUGGUCGUGGUGUGGUGCUUAAAGGGCUUAAAUACCUUUUGUGAGUGAACCACAUUAUGCCUUUUGGCAAGUCAUUUGAUAAUUAUAAAUUUAUUUAUGCUAUCAAUACCAGCUAACUUGAAUUAUUUAUAUGUAUAGAUAGACAGUGUAAUCUCGAGCGUUGAAAAAAAAUGGUGUACAAUAAUUAGUCACAAAGUACACGCACACUAGUAAAGAAGUGUGACGCACACUAGUAAAGUAGUUUGACGUUUCGCGAGUGUCGAGCGUAGCUGUCAUGCACGCCAAGAUAAUAAAGUUGGUUGGUUGGCUUGAUUGUUUUUUAUAUAUAUGUAUUAGGCUAAAAUAAAAGUAUUAUAUAAAACAAUUGACUUUCGUAUAUUGUUUUUAUUCUGAUUAUCGAAAAGUAAGGCUUAUUGAUAUUGACCCUUUUAGCAUCAGCCCAGUUAGUUAUUGUACGUGUAUCUGAAACUUUAAAUUAUAACCUCAAAAGUAUCAAAAAUUGAAUACUUUGUGUGGAAUAAAGUAAACUUACCAUAAAUACGUAGCGCGCGUAUCGUACUGAAUAGAAGAUAACAAACUUUAAAUCCCAAUAAAGGCCGUGCAUUUGUAUUAUGAAAUAAAAAAAUAAACCUAACAGAACUCUGAUAGCUAUGAUAUAGGAGGGAUGUUUAACAAAUACAAAUCUUAAAUUAAAAUCAACGAAUUCCACGUUUUGUUUCAUCAAUGUUAUUAAUUAAUUUGUAUUUUUAUUCUGUGCAGUAUAUAUUUUACACGAAUAAGGAUGUAAAUAAUAUAAAUUUCAGAUAGGUAUUAUUAUGUUGCACUAUUUUAUUGAUUGCCUUUUAUUUUCUACUAUAGAGAGAUAUUAUUUCAUAGUAUUAAUAUUCGCUAUGUAAUAACGAAGCUUGGAAUAGUGAUGUUCAUGACUAUCGAUAUUAUUAUGGUACUUCUAUGACGAUUAUUGCAAAUUAUUACGUAUGCAGAUGCUUUAAAAAACUAGUAUGAAAACGUAUGCUUAAAGUGAGAUUAUUAUUUUUUGUUUAGUCCAGGACUAGUGACAGAAAAUUCUGAGUUAUUUGAUGAGAUGAUGGGAUGAGUGUCGCGUAAAAAUUAUUGAUCACAAUUAAAAUAAGCUGUCAUACCACCUUGACCGUGAAGUGGUAUAUUUUAUAAUAAGCGAUUUUUAACAUACGAGUUAUUUUUUACAUAUUUAUAUUUUGUGACUGAGUACCGUUGAUUGAAACGUUGAAAUUUGUCACACAUGUCAAUGUCGAAAUAGAUCUUUAAUAAUGUAUAUAUAGGCAUAUUUACUUAAAUACUUAUUAUGUUAAAUCGAAUAUAGCGUUAUGUUGCCUGUAAAUUAUUUAGACAAUCUCUAUAAUGGUUACCUUAUUUAUGAUACAUUUUA